AAAAAAAAAAAAAAGCAGCUGUUGAGAAGGUUGUAAAUAGUUUUUUGUGGCCCAGGUUGAGUAGUGAGAGGACUGAGAAAGAAGCCUGACAGGAGACUUAGUUAUGCCUCUGGCACUUUGCCUUUUUUCAGUGUUAGUCAGAAGAGUAGACUUCUUUGUGGGAAAGAGGAGUGGCAGCAGGAGGGGAUUGCCAUUUUGGAGUCUGCUAUUUUAAAUUUCAUUUUUAAUGGAAUAUGACCACAGACCUGGCAAGAAUGAGAGUCAGAAAUGGUAGUGAGAGAAGAGGGGACAAAUCUAGCUUUUCUGUCAUCCAGCUUGAAAAUCUUUGCAAAAAAUAGUACAGUGUUUAUAGCUCAAGUUGGAGUUCAGUUAUAUGGCUUUUGGAAGUCGGUGUAUAUGAAAGAAAAUAUUUUCUCUCCUCAGUGAUUAGCUAUGCUGCUUAUAGUGUAUACUAGUUACCAGCAUAUUGCCUUUCCUAUGAAAUCUGAAUUGUCUGGGGUAGCACUCGCUUCCUGAGGCCAGAAAAACCGAAAGUCACUAAUGAGCCUGAUGAAUAGCUUUUCCAAGUCUGCCUUUUUUCUAACGUAAACCAAAUGCAAGGCAGACAUACAAGCUAAAGAUUUACAGUCUAUUUGCUGAAAAUACUAUGUUUACUGAGCAAAAUCCUGCUGUCCAAUUUUGUUUCCACAUUGGAAAACCCACUGCUAGACUUACUAAAAGAUCUAAUUUUGUUUUUUAAAUAAUCCCUCUCAGUUUUGCUUUGGAUUUCAAUAUAAUUCAUAAGUUCUGCCAUUACUCUAGUUCAUAAGCUCCUGAAACUGGAAAACACCUAACUUUAUCAACAUAGAAUUCUGUCUUAGAAAAGGUGAAAAAAGGUAGUGCCACAGAAAUGUAGCAUACCCAGUACUACAACUGAAAUAAUUUUACUUCAUAGCUCCAGAGACAUCAACUUUUGCAAUGUACAGCAUUAUUAUACAUGGGAUAAUUGUGUUGCUGUUAGAGGAACUUAAUAAAACAAACCUUAUCGUGGAAAACUGACAGAAUAUCUCAGGAAGCUCACUGGUGAUUCUUUAGCUCACUGAUAAACUGUAACUGUAGGUAUGGCUUUAAAAUGCUGGCUUCUUCAUAGGGCUAAAAGAAUACCUCAGAAUAUUUUCUAUGUUGCACUUGAAGAGGGAUCCAAGUACUCAAAAAUGUAACAGCUUCUUCCUUCCGCCUUCCUCUGGUUUCAUGGAUUAGCUUUUCUGCUAAUGUGUCCUGCUUUGAAAUGCAGCAUUGUCACAAGGCAGCAAUGAGCAAAAUUUUUUAUGUGGGCAUAAAACUGCACUAUAGGUCCUACUUUAGAAUAAUGGGGAGAAAUAGGUGUGCGUUUUACCUUGAAGUAGCCAAAGUGCACGAACUACCUUGAGGAGCACUGGGCAGUUCUACCACGUGUUAAAUUGGCCAACAUUAGUUUAAAGAUUUCAUGAUUUCUUUUGUUUUGUGAAUUGUCUGUACUUUCAGUGUCAGUAACCUUGAGGUAAAAUGUAUCUUUUUUGUCCAUACCAAGAGUCAAAGAUUUCUUGUGGUAGAAACUGGUCGCUGAAUGACUUUGCCAUAACAUCUUCACUCUCCACAGCUGAAAUUUCUAUCAGCUCUAUCUAUGGGGCCCCUAGGGACAGACAAGAUUGGAAAUAGUAAUCAGGCUUUGAACUAUUCUGCAGAAGGUUUGCAUGAUGCAGUAGUAUAAGAGAGUACUGGAAAGGCUAGUAAAACCUACUGCUUUUUCAGUUUACAAUUUACACAGAGUGCAUGUUCAUGUGAAUGUUACUCAUUUUUUGAAACAGAAGUGUUAUAGUGUGUUGGAUUCCUAACAAUUGAAUACAUGAUCUUCAAACUACCUGGAUUUUUUUAAUCUCUUUUUUUUAGCUCUGAAAAACCAGCUGUCUAAUUUUAGCUACUCUUGGUAUUUAAUUUCCAUGUAGUAGUGGGUGUAGUGGUACUAGUCACUUGCGGAAUUUUGUUUAAAGCCAUCUUCCAAGUUAACAAAGGACUAUAAAUGUGUUGGGGUUUUUCUACAAAAAGGGAGUGUAUUUUCCCUUUUUGAUUGUUUUCUUAAGCACCUCUGAAGGAAAAGCAUCUACUCCUACAGAGUGUUGUCAGCUGCAGACAACUGUGCCCACAUGAAACCCUGCUGCAUGUGAUUUCAAAAUUAAGCACCUGGUAAAGGCUUAUCAUAAGUCAACUAUGCAGCUUAUGACCAGUUCUCAUUUUUGCUAAGACUCGACAUUACCUAACAAAACAAAUAUGAGUUGUUUCAUUUAUUUAGAAGCAUAUCUACUUUCAAGAUUGUGCUACUUGAUGCUAUGGAAAGCUGAGUAAAUGACUUCUGUGUCUGGUAGAUCUUUGCAGAUGACACUACAGUCCACACAAUCUUAUCUUUUUUUUAAUGCAUGUUUGUGUUUAUACAAGCUGCUUACUGCUUUAAAAAUCACUUCCUUAUCAGAAUGAAUGUUCUGCAUAACUUGUGGCACUUGGUGCCAGGGUCUAGUUGAGGACUUGAUGAUCUUGAAGGUCUGUUCUAUCUAGUCAUUCUGUGAAUUCUGUGAACUGAGUCUGAAUGGGAGCAUGGUAAACUACAGGAUGUGUGUACUUUGAAGCAUUUCGGAUAUGCCUUUGUGAAAUGUGAGGACUGCCCAGUAAACCCAUCCUUGUGGCCCCACUGGCUGGAGAGCUCCCCAGAGGCCGUCUGGUUGGAUCUGUUGCUGCACUCCUCCUGGCCCAGGAGUGUGUGGGUGCCAGGGAUGGCAGCAGGGUUGCUCCUUCCACCAGCAGCAGGUCGUAGUGCCAGUGCAGUGGGGCGGUGAAGCCGCAGAGGUUGUGCUGUGCUGGUGGCCAGAGGCUGGUUUCCUGGCUGCUGGGGUGGUGGUGCCCUGCCAGCUCUGCACGCUCACAAGCAUCCUCACUUGUAGGACCAACAGCUGUAGUCCAGCCUGUCUGCACAAAACCUCCACACCAGCUCUGGUCUCUUUCCAAGCUGUGGUAUACUGUUGUAAAGUGUUUUGUUUGGUGGGGGGCUUUUUGUUUGUAUGUUUGUUUUGGAGAUUUUGGGCGGUUUUUGUUUUGGAGAUGUAGGUUUCUCAUGGGAUUUUGGUUUUGGUUGAAAUCAAGCUGAAAUUAUCUUGGUUUUGUUUAGUCAUACCAUACAGUUUGUAUACAGCAGUAAAAAAUAAUUUUGGCAGGAAAGAGGGAAGUAGGCACUCCUGACUUCCCCAACUACCAGCAUCUGGUAUAAGUUUCCCCUUUUAAUGACGAUUGCAUCAGAAAUUUUGACUUGAGGAGAAACCAGUUAGGAAGUGGGUCGGAUAUGUAAUUUUGCAACUGAACCUCAGUUGAGACCAAGUAGAAGACUGCCAAAUAAAGCAUUUUCUCCAUAGAUUUGCAAACCUUCUCCACCUCCCCCACAGUGCAAAGUGCUGCCUCUGACAAGAUAAUUCUCUAGUGUGUGCACUAAGGCUUUGCAAAGCUAAAGCUUUACUGAUGUUAAAAGCUUAACUGAAUGCAGUCUCAAACUAUAUGAAUGAGUGUUCUAGAAUCAGUAAGUAUAUCAGAUGUAUUAUUAGAGGAAAAGUAACCAAUCUUACCCUGUAAAGAUCAAUUAUUGUGAGUGGGAUAUGGUCAAAUUUUAGGACUUUGAAAUUGUGAGCAUAAAUGAAUAGCAACUUACAGUUAAAAUUGGUCUGAGGAAGCAGCAUGCCAGUGAGAGAAAUUUCCAGGGGAAAAAAAAUCCUUAUAAAGAUAAGAGCCAUGUUAAUGUAUAAAUGUUUGCAGAUUUUGCAUUUUGGUAUAAUGAAAAUGCCAGAUCUGAUUAUUCUGAGUUCUGAACAAUAGAGGAAUUGCAUGCAGCUGGGUAUACAAGUCUUUCUGAAAGGGAUUCUUUAUCCUGCACUCAACUAAGUUUUAUUCUAAAAUGGGAGGAGGAAAGACUUCUUAGCAAGCUUUUUUUCUUUAAAUAUUUUAGAAGAUGAAGACUGCCAUGGUCACUUUCAACUGAGACUGUCUCCCUCCAUUAGAACAGUGAAAGCUCUUCCUGGUGGUAUUUCUAAGCUCAUAAGCAGCAUGUUGAAGAGACUGUCUCACACAAAAAUCUUCGAAGGCUGCAGGGACUUCUUUGCCAGUGAGAACUAAAGCAUGACUGCCAUCCAGGAAGUGAGUGGAUUUUCCCUUCCAUUUCCCUGAAAAACUUGCCAAAUUCCUGAGAAACACAAUUGUUUUUUCCUGAAGUUCUAAAGUUUUUUUCUGAGUUCUGAAGCUUAUAUGAACAGAGACAAGGACUUUUUUUUUUAGCCCUGCAAAGCUACCUGGUAUUUGAAAUGCUGAAGAGGAAAUUACGGUUUUGCCACAACUUGCGCUUCAGGCUUUUCUUGGGUCUAACUCUCGUUUUAGUAAUAAUUUCAGUUUUGAAAGUCAACCAGAAAGAAGACUUCCUAAAUCGGAGACAUUUGGAGCUAACAAAAGAAGAUCCUGUUAGCAAUAUUAACUGCACCAAGAUUAUUGAGGGGGAUAUAGAAGAAAUACAAAAGGUACAGCUUGAGGCAUUAUCAGUGUCAUUUAAGAAACGCCCCAGACUAACAACAGAUGAUUAUAUUAACAUGACUGCAGACUGUGCCUCCUUCACCAAGUCUAGGAAAUACAUUAUGGAACCUCUCAGUAAUGAAGAAGCAGAAUUUCCAAUUGCUUAUUCUAUAGUAGUUUAUCACAAAAUUGAAAUGCUUGAUAGACUUCUAAGAUCAAUCUAUGCUCCACAGAAUUUUUACUGCAUUCAUGUAGACAGAAAGUCUCCAGAAUCCUUUUUUGCUGCUGUGAAGGGAAUAGUGUCAUGUUUUGAUAAUGUCUUUAUUUCCAGUCAGUUGGAGAGUGUGGUAUAUGCUUCAUGGAGCAGAGUGCAGGCAGACAUUAACUGCAUGAAAGAUCUCUAUAGAAGAAGUUCAAACUGGAAAUACCUAAUAAACCUGUGUGGUAUGGACUUUCCUAUAAAGACCAACCAGGAAAUAGUAGAGAAAUUAAAAGCCCUUAAGGGUGAAAACAGCUUGGAAUCAGAAAAAAUGCCUGCUUCUAAAGAAGUAAGGUGGAAAAAACACCAUGAGAUUAUUGAUGGUAAAAUAAAGAACACAGGCAUAGACAAACAACUACCACCUCUCAGUACUCCAGUUUUUUCUGGCAGUGCCUAUUUUGUAGUUAGCAGAAGCUUUGUAGAAUAUGUACUAGAAAACAGCAAAAUACUUAAGUUUAUUGAGUGGGCAAAAGAUACUUACAGCCCAGAUGAGUACCUGUGGGCAACAAUUCAGAGAAUCCCUGAAGUCCCAGGUGCAUUUUCUUCCAGUGACAAGUACGAUGUUUCUGACAUGAAUGCACUGGCCAGAUUUGUCAAGUGGCAGUACUUUGAAGGUGAUGUGUCCAAAGGUGCACCCUACCCACCAUGCAGUGGAGUUCACAUUCGUUCCGUCUGUGUUUUUGGAGUAGGAGACUUGAACUGGAUGCUACGAAACCACCACUUAUUUGCUAAUAAGUUUGACACUGAUGUUGACCCUUUUGCAGUGAAAUGCUUGGAAGAGUAUUUGCGGCACAAAGCUCUGUAUCUGCAAAAGAACUGAAAUGUAUGCUCCUGUUACGAAACAUAGAUGCAAAUACACUAUUGCGACGUACUUUAGCGUGAACAGCAAUCGUGGGGAUGCUGACAGUGGGUAUAAUGACUCUAACCAUGCUGGUGUGGUGGUGCUCAUGCCCUGCCUUGUCCAUGAACUAAGGGGCAGAAGAGACAUGUCUCAAGUAUGCCUUGUUGCACGCUGAGGCUUGGAGCUUUAGGCAGAAAAUCGGACAGCAGUUUUUGGAACGACAACUAUUUGGAAUAUUUAUUAUCUAGAAGGUAUAAUUAGUGGACUUUGGCUAAACUGUUUAAGGGUUUUAGGGCAUAGAUAAUACAUGUCGUUCAUGUUCGUGGUUCAUGUCAAUUUUUUUCCAUGAAUGUAAUGAGAAAGAUGGAGGGGUGGGAUAAAAAGCAGCUGGACUGCACUUCAUACUGAGUACUGAAAAAUCUCAGGAAUAUAACAUUAGAAAUUAUCUAAAAGCUAUGCAAAAGGGGAUAUGCAAAGCCAGCUGUUACCAUUUUACUAAGAUCUGUUUGCUGCAGUUCUGUUUUUUGUAAAAAUCUUAAUAUUCUUGAAACUUUUGUCUUCAGCAUGGAGUAUUAAAAAAUUCAGAUCUUUAUUUUGUAUUCUUAAAGCACCUGAUAUUGUGAUACAAAGUUUAUACACUAGUUUAAAAUUGUAUCUUCUCAGGGAAACUUCAGUUUUGUGCCUGAUGAGAUUUAGACUUGUAAUUUUACAUUUCUUACUGUAUGGGGAAUUUUGCUUUUGUAUCCAAAAUCACUCAAGUUUCUCAAAACUUAACUGCAGUAGUGUCUAAAUAUUACUAAUGGAACUGAUGGUUUCUGCUUUCUGUCAAGCUCAACUUGCAUUCCAGAUUACUUUAACACUAAGUACAGAAAAAAUAAAAUUAUUUUUUUUAAUGA